GCCCGGCUGCCUUCCAUGCGAUCGGGCGCCCGCGUGGGUCAACGUGGGGAGCUUGAGCUGUGCGUCCUGCCCCAGGUUAGCGGUGACGCUGACGUGGCAGUCCCAUCAGAUGUGGGGUUGGUAGGGAGCGUGGGAGAUCGUCGGCGCGAAUUCUGCCGCGGUAUACAGAUGGCUUCGAUGGGCGACAACCAGCGAGGGGCCACCGACUGGCUCCUAUUCAUUCAAGGAGCUCAUUCUCGUUUGCAGGAGAUGGUGGAGGCACUGCGAUCACAACUGGGAGUUAGACCUGAGGCUGUUGGGGGGGCAGCUUCAUCGGGUCCGCCGUAUCGGGAAGUGAUGUCGAACAUGUUGCAGAUUGUCUGGGAGCUGCAGCAUCUGCAAACGGAGGGUCUCAUGGAUGGUCAACUGGAGGCUCUGAAGCGAUGUUGCGACGACAUCUUCGAGGAGGGGCAAGAUGUGUACGCGGCGCUGGAGGAGUUCUACUUGGACUUGUUCGAGACGGAAGAUGCGGAUUACACCGAUGCGUGCACCACUGGUAGUGACGACCUGGAGGAGGGUCGAACUGGCGUUGAUAUCGCCCUCACUACUGAUAAAAAUGCAAUUGAUAACAACAUGUUCGUGCAGGUCCGGGGUAUAGACAUAAGGAUCGUCAGCUUGGACUUGUCCGACAACAACGUCAACAACAACAACAACAGCAACAAUAACAACAACAACAACAACACCAGCAGCAAUCACGACGCAGGGAUUGUGGGCACCGGCAAGAUUACGACAGUCGAGCGCGACACUGGUGCAACGUGCACGCUGGAUUGCAAUAAUAACAACAGUGACAACGACAAUGACAUUAAUAACAACAACGGUAAGCACGACACUGGUGCGAGUGAUGAAAUCGUGAGCUCGUGCACGCUGGAUUGCGGUAAAAACAACAGUGAUAACGACAAUGAUCUUAAUAACAACAACGGCAACCACAUAAAGAAUGUCAAUAUCGGCGGUUUGUCGUUCACUGAACUUCUUUGGCCAGGCCUCGGCGAAGACGAAGGAGAUGGCCGCGUCAACCUGUCGUUUGGUUUGUCCACCGGGCGGUCUACAACUCCAUCGCGCACAGUGCUCGUGCGACCCCACCCCGACGACGAAGGCAGGCAAUUGACAGUUGUUGAUCGAUCAGCGAGGAUGAGGGCGUUGGCGACUGAGACGGCGGGAACGAACCGGAACUCGUCGACGCCCCAACCACGGGCGGCCUCUCUGUCCAAGGGCGCCCAGGGUCGGCCGGAGUGGAUGCAGUUGCCAUCUCCCCUGUCUGCGGCGUCGGAAGUGGCACGAGGCCGUGGCGUCAGAGUCGACGGCGGGACCGAGUUCUUGGAUGUUGGUAAUGGUCGCGACGGGAGGGAGAACGAGAACGAGACGGACGAUCCACCGGCGGAAGCAGACGAUGACGACGACGACAACGACGUAGAGUGUGGGGAAGGGGGGAGUGGUCACGCGUCGCCAUCGUUGCAGAGCGACAUGGCUGGUAAGGGUGGGAAGUCCAAGCCUUCCGGCCGCAAUGCUCGUCCGCGGGCGAAGAAAGGGCAGGGAAAGGGGAGCGGUGGCGAAGGCGACGGUGAUGCGGAGGAGAAGCGCAACUUCUGGUCCGAGACGGUGAGCAGGGGCUUCAAUUUCACGAUGGAUCGCGCAGUUUAUGACGAGAUAGAGGGGUCGACUGGGAUGAACCACACCAUCCACCCGAAAAACGUGGCAGACACUGGUGCGUCUGGCGGCGUGCGCCCGCCUUCGACGUCUUACGUGGAUCCUGAAUCGGUGGCGGAUGGGGAAGGAGGUGCAGGGCAAGAAGACGACGAGGAGGGGUCGACGCGAGGCUCUUCGCAGAUGACGGGCACCCCCGACGGUUCUGGGAAAAGGAAGAGCACGAGGCAGCAGACUUUCGAGGCGCUUACGGAAUGCAUGGAGAAACACGGGGAGCUAAUGGCGUCGACGAUGGAGAGUGCAAGCAAGCGGCAAUGCUCUAUCCAAGUUCGACAGUGCGAGGCGUUGGAAGCGGAGGUGGAAGUGCAAAGGAAGCACUAUGCCGCGUCAGACGAAAUCGUGGAAGGCGCGGCCCCCACGAAGAAGGGACGACAUCAAGCGAAGAGGCAGAGGAAGGUCGUCCAAGCCGUGCCCGCUGGCAGUGCACGAGACGUUGUGGAGGAGGUUGUGGUGGAGGAAGAGAUGACGAACGACGACGACGACUUUGAAGACGACGACGAUGAACCACUGCAGAGGAAGGCGAGGGUCAGCUCCGCGGGGGGGGUUAGAAUAAACGAGGGGGGGGAAGGGACACCGACUGCAUGGCGCGGCGGUGGCGUUGCCUCGGCCAACCAACCAGUCUUUGUCGACGUGGCGCGAGACGUGGCAAGGAGGGACAUCGGUGGUCGCGCGAAGGAAGGGGCCGCCUCGCAUGAGACUGCGCAACGCGUGCUUGCGCCUUUGAAUCGCCCCCGAACCCCGACUGCAGACGUGGCGGGGAGUUCCCAAGCAGCGGUUGAAGGUGGGACGUUCCGAUCUCCCGCGGUGGCGGCGCGCGGUGGCGCUGUGGCGGUCCCGGGAGAGGCGGUUGAAGUCCCGAAGGGAGGAGAUGGCGCGGCAGCCGGGGAAGACGACGAGGCUCUGGUGCACAGGCUGCGCGAGCAACAUGCGGCGACACAUGCGAUGGAUGCCAACAGAUUCUGGAACGACACAUAGGGGAGCGUCAUAGUGAGGAUAAUCUAAGAAGCGCGCGCGUAUCUCGUGGCCAUGGCG